CUCAACUCAUCGCCAGUGCAUUAUUUGCGGUCUAACAAAGCGCGAGCAGUGGAAAGCGCUUUUAAAUUAAUAUAAAAAGUAUAAUGCAUUAUUACAUAUAUCUCCUGAUCGGAGUUUUCGGUUUGAAGGUGGGUGAGGCUCUUCCCGUUUACGAUGCCACCGGGCGGUUCAAUCUCAGUGCCAGUUGCCCGGAGUCUUUCUGCCAACUGAAUGAUCAACCAGUCGCCUACUCCGCAAGUCCGGCCCUUGAACUCCGGGAACUGCUCUUGACGAACUGCAGUCGCCAAUCGAUCCCAUGGCUUGUUCUAAAUCUCACGCCAGGUUUAAGGACAUUGAUCAUCAGGAAUUGUGCCACCUAUCACAUCAACAAGGAGGUUCUAAAGGUAGUGGGGAAUCUCACGUCCCUGCAGAUGCAGAGCACGAGACUUGGCGUCCUCCGGGACGAAAUCUUUACCACUGUUCCCCGUUUGGAGAUCCUAGAAUUAGGACAAAACAUCAUCCACACGGUGCACGUGGAUGCCUUCAAGGGUUUAGCAAAACUAAGGUUACUGGGUCUGCAAGGCAAUGGGAUUCAAGAGAUCCAAACCAGAACUUUAGAUCCUCUAGUAGAGCUAGUGCAUCUGGAUUUAAGCAGCAAUCAACUUACCAUUUUGCCACAAAAUAUUUUUGCCAAAAAUAACAAGAUGCAAACUUUACUGCUUAAUGGAAACCAAAUGAAGACUUUACUGCCAGAAGUCCUUACUUCCUUACCCAAUCUUCGACUGCUUGAUUUGGGACAUGCAGGUGACUUGGACACUCUAAUGCUGGACCUUCGCAAUGUCCAGAACUUAAUCUUGGAGGGCAGUCGUCUUAGCAGCUUAGUCAUCAAUGGAGGCUUUAUCUCACUGCAGGCCGGCAACAACGAGCUGAAUAAUCUGCAUGUGGGAAACAAGAGCGCUGUCAUCGAAAUGGAUCUCCAUGGUAACUUGCUGAAUGGAAAUGAUAUUGCCAGCUUCCUCAGAGGAAUGUGGAAUCUACAAAGACUCGAUCUCUCAAAGAAUAUCAUCGAAACACUGCCAUUGCAUGGAAGUGGAUCGGAGGAUCCUGACUCUCAAGAACUAUUCCUUUUGCCCAGUUUAAAGUACUUGAAUUUGGCCAACAAUCGUUUAGUAAGUUUGCCUUCGGACUCGCCAAUCUUCUCCUCCCGUCUCAACUUCUUGGACUUGUCCCAUAACCUAAUACUAACCCUGGAUGUCGAGAUAUUGAGGGGCUUGCCGGUUCUUCAGGGUCUGUUUGUCGAGGGAAAUCGGCUGAAUACCUUCGACUACCAGCUUUUCCAUCAGCAGCACGAAGAUCUCAAGGAGCUGGGACUACAUGAUAAUGCCUGGGCACUUGGUUUAUAUCGCAAGAUGUUUGUCUAUCUCACCGAUCGAGGAGUUCACCUGCAGGCAGGACCCCAAACCCAUGCCCCGAUAAAUCGUAGUCUAGUGGAUAUUGAUUGGCCACCGACUUCGGAGGCCCAGAAAUUGGAUCCACCAGGAGUGUCUGGCAUACAUCCAUACUGGACCCUAAGAGAUAUCCUGGCUUUUGUGACCCUACUAGUGGUGUUGAUUAUUCUGCUGAUGAAUCUCUAUCACAUCCUGGAGGAAGAGGGCUGUCUGCGAAGGUUUCGUCACUGGAGGAGGUCUACCAUCCUGGGAGGAGGUAAUUCUAACACCAUCAGACGACGACUUAAUGAGCAGGACUCCCAACUCAGCUCCAGUGAAUAGACGGGGACAUGUAGCCAAGCUGCUCCGCAAGCCAAAUAAACGCCAAUUUGAUGUCAAUUUAGCGCUAGUCUCUCCUCUUUUCCUAGCGUGUUGUUGCUAUAUCUGUUGCUUACUUAGUUGUUUGUGGGUAUCACAUGAUACCCUGUCAUUUUCAGUUAGAUAUGAUCGAAUAUAAAGAAUUUAGACAAUUAUGAAAAUAUAUAUUAUGAAAAAAAACAUUAAUACUAAACUUAAUCCUUUGAAACACAUUUAAUUGUUUGUUUAUUAAUAUUAAAUAUUAUGAAAAAGUCUUUAAGUACUAUAGUCUUAUCAAUAUUAAGGCUUACGCGAACAUGUUAGAUUAGCUAAUUAAGUUCAAGGGUCUAUGUAUGAUCUAUUAAGAUUAAAUAUUCCUUAUUUGCAUUAUAUUUUAAGGUAUAUUUUUCAUACAGAAAUAUUUUUAUAGGGUAUAGCACAUGUCUCAUCACCCACUUUACAAGAGCUGCAUAUUUUGCAUAUGAAAUCUUAGCAACGAGAGGAGAGAAACAAUGUCCAAAGUAAAGGAAAGGCAGUGGAGAAGAAAAAUAAAACACUGAAAAAAUAUUUUGUAA